AUGCCGCCGCCAACACGUACCAAUACACGCUUGACCGCCAGCGUCGCAGCAAAGGCCUUAAAGGGCGUGGCCGUUGGUCUCAGUAUCAUGCGCGACACCGGAAUUCUAGCCGAGCAAGGCACAACUGGGAAAUUCCCUGACUGGGAAGCCGUUCUCGGAAUCCGCGACAAGGCCUUCCACGCGCUCAUUAAGAGCAUGAUCAACAGUGAGUGGAUCUUCGCCAGGGCUACUAUCGCUGAACUUCGUAGGAGUAAGAUGAUAGAUAUGUCUGCGCGAACAACAUAUCUGGAUUCGGACUCUGUUAACACAGAGACAGCUGGUACAAAUACCAACUUAUGGAUGUGCAGAUUAACAAUGUCUUAA